CGCGAGGCGUCCAGGGAGAAAUCUGCAGUUACUGGCGCAAGGCGAGUUCAUGGUCAACAAGACAGUGAACAUUGAGUGCAAAUCGUGAACUCAUGCAAGUGAAGCGGUGCGUUUUGACACAGCGCUCUGUGUUCACGGACGUGUUGAAGAGUUCACGGCUGUGAACUGAGCCCGUGAACUGAGCCCGAUCCUGGUAUAAAAUGUGAGCUGAAAGGAAGAGAGAGGGGGAGCCCAAAAGUUAGAAAGUGUCUUCUUCGGAUUUUAGAGAGAGAAAGGAUGAACCAAGGAAGAAAGAAGGCUAGGGUUUGCUCCAAGUGGUGAAUUAGGAAGAAUCUCACCAAGAGAAGAUCAACACAAGCUUAGAGGAGAUUGGAGGCAUCACCAUGAUGGUUUCUAGCUCUUUCUCUUGUGUUCAAUCCCCCAACCGGAGCAAAGAAAGGAAAAGGAAGCUCCAACUCUUCCCUAUCCUUCUCGACUCCAAAAUGAUCGUAUGGCAGCAGAGUUUGGCCACUUUAUGUAGUAGAUGAACCAGUUGUACUUAAACAUCCCCUUCAUGGAGGCCGUCACCCAGAUGCCCAAGUACGCAAAAUACUUGAAGGACCUCCUUUCCAACAAGAAGAAGCUGGAAGGGACAACUACGGUGAGCUUGAAUGAAGAGUGCUCCGCCAUCCUGCAGAACCACCUUCCCACAAAGCGCAAAGAUCCAAGGAGUUUCACUAUCCCUUGUUUAUUGGCAACAUGUGCAUAGGGAAAUCCUUGGCGGAUCUAGGAGCCAGUAAUCCCACAAUAAAUAUGAUGCUUUAUAAGUUGUUUCAAAAGUUAGACCUAGGUGAACCUAGAUCUACUAGGAUGAAUAUUCAGUUGGUGGAUAGGUCUAUUGUACGACCUAAGGGGGUCGUAGAGGACUUGCUCAUUAAGGUGGGCCCUCGAAUUUAUCCGGUCGAUUUGAUCAUUUUAGACAUUGAUGAAAACGUGAAUGUCCCUCUUAUCUUGGGUAGAACUUUCUUAGCUAUCGCCAAGGCCUUGAUUGAUGUGCAUGGGGGGAAGUUGGUGCUUAGGGCAGGGGAGGAAGAAGUUAUGUUCUCUAUUGAUGAUAGCAUGAAGUUAUCUCACCAUCAUGAUGAUUUUUAUUAUUGCGAAGAGGUCUUUGACUUCAUGGAGGCACUCGCAUCCGCGGGUGCCCAUACUUCUGACCUUUUGAAGAGUGUUGUUUGGUAGGGACGAACAGCUCGAACUCUCCGGAAGAGGAAAGCCAACUUCUGCAAGAUCAAGAAGUGGAGGCCUUGCCCUCGAUGCCAAAAAUCCCUACCUCAUAGGAGGAACCUCCCGAGUUGGAGCUAAAGCCUCUGCGUCCACAUCUUGAGUACGCUUUUCGGAGGGAUGAUGGGAAACUCCCGGUCAUCAUCAAAUCAAAUCUUACACAGGAGCAUAAGGCUGAAUUGUUUGCGUCCUGAAGCGUCACGAGAGGACGAUAGUAUGGAAGAUCACAGAUAUCCGAGGGAUCAUACCGACCUUUUGCUAGCACAAAAUCCACUUGGAGGAGGAUGCCAAACCGGUUCGACAACCGCAAAGGCGUGUGAACCCUAAUAUGGAGGAAGUGGUGAAGGCGGAAGUGAUUAAGCUAUUGGAUGCUGGGAUUAUCUACCCCAUUUCGGAUAGUCAGUGGGUGAGCCCGACUCAGUUGGUUCCUAAGAAAGGAGGAAUGAUGGUGGUGGCCAAUGAGAAGGAAGAGCUUAUACCAACAAGAACAGUGGUUGGAUGGAGGGUAUGCAUCGACUAUCAAAGGUUGAACGACGCCACUCGGAAAGAUCACUUCCUUUUGCCCUUCAUCGAUCAAAUCCCUGAAAGGCUUGCUGGACAUGAUUACUACUGCUUCUUAGACGGGAUGUCAGGAUACUUCCAGAUCCCAAUCGCCCCAGAAGAUCAAGCUAAGAAAACAUUCACAUGCCCCUUCGGAACAUUCGCUUACAGGCGCAUCCCGUUUGGAUUGUGCAAUGCCCCGGAAACAUUCCAGAGAUGCAUGGUAGCCAUUUUUUAUAAGCUCGUGGGGGAGAUAAUGGAGGUGUUCAUGGACGACUUCUAGGUCUUCGGAGAUUCAUUUCUUCACUGUCUUGCCAACCUGGAGAAGGUCCUUGAGCGAUGCAAAGAAACCAAUCUAGCUUUGAGAUGGGAGAAGUCGCAUUUUAUGGUGCGAGAGGGCAUUGUGUUGGCCGUUGGGUCACAAAAUCUCUAAAAGAGGAAUUGAAGUGGAUCGAGCCAAGGUUGCAACAAUAAGCAAGCUCCCUUCACCAAUCAUAGUCAAGGGCAUCAGGAGCUUCCUUGGACAUGCUGGGUUUUACCGUCGGUUCAUCGAGAACUUCUCGAAGAUUGCAUUACCCCUGACCAAGCUUUUGGAGAAGGACGUCCCCUUCCUUUUCACAAAGGAAUGUUUGGAGGCUUUUAACAUCCUCAAGGCGAAGCUUACAGAUGCCCCCAUAAUGGUCUCACCAGAUUGGAGCCUUCCUUUCGAGCUCAUGUGUGACGCUAGUGACUAUGCAGUGGGAGCGGUGUAUGGCCAAAGGCGGGGUAGGCAUUUUCAACCUAUUUGCUAUACUUGAAAGACGCUGAAUGAUGCUCAAGAGAACUACACAACUACCGAAAAAGAGUUGUUGGUAGUGAUCUUCGCUUUCGAUAAAUUCAGAUCUUACCUGGUGAUCUCAAAGGUUAUUGUCUACACCAACCACUCUGCCAUCCGCUUCUUGAUGCGCAAGGCGGACGCCAAGCCAGACUAAUAUGAUGGAUCCUACUACUUCAAGAGUUCGAUGUGGAGAUAAAGGACAAAAAGGGAGCCGAGAACCUUGCCGCUGACCACCUUUCGCAACUUCUGGGACGAUCCCCACCUCUUUCGGAUUGGGGCCGACGGGGUCAUUCGGAGGUGUAUAUCGGAGAAGGAACUGAUGGAUAUCCUAAACCACUACCACACGGGACCAGCUGGAGGCUAUCACGGAGGCAACCAAACUGCAAGGAAGGUACUCCAGUUGGGGUUCUAUUGGCCAAACCUUUUCCGAGAUGCCUACAAAUUUGUGAGCCAUUGUGACAGCUGCCAAAGGGCAUGUACUGUUUCUAACCGAAAUGAGAUGCCCCAAACGAUUUUCAUUACUUGUGAGAUUUUUUAUGUUUGGGGCAUUGACUUCAUGGGUCCUUUUCCCUCGUCUUUUAGUAACAAAUACAUCCUUGUGGUCGUAGACUACGUCUCGAGGUGGGUUGAGGAUCAAGCCCUCCCCACCAAUGAUGCAAGACGAGUAUGUGGAUUCCUUAAAAAGCUUUUUUCAAGUUUCGGGACCCCAAGGGCCAUCAUUAGCGACCGAGGAACCCAUUUUCAGGGGCAAUUCGACAGACUCCUCGAUCGCUAUGGUGUUACCCAUCGGGUGUCAAUGGCCUAUCAUCCUCCGACUAGUGGACAAGUUGAGUUAUCAAAUAGGGAACUGAAAAGGACAAUGGAAAAGACCGUGGAUUAAUCUCGCAAGGAUUGGUCUGUAAAACUCGGUGAUGCUCUAUGGGCGUACCGCACGGCCUACAAAACACCAAUAGGCGUCUCGCCUUACCAAUUGGUGUAUGGAAAGGCUUGUCAUUUGCCCGUAGAGCUAGAGUACAAGGCUUUCUGAGCUACAAAGCUAUUGAAUAUGGACCCUAUUCUGUGUGAAAUUGAACGAAAGUUGCAGGUGCUUGAACUUGAGGAGUGGCGUCUCCAAGCCUAUGAGAACACCAAAAUUUACAAGGAAAAGACGAAGCACCUGCAUGAUGCUCGACUGAAAGGAGGGAAGGAUUUCCAACAAGAGACCAAGUGCUCUUAUACAACACGCGGUUGUGAUUGUUCCCGGGAAGUUAAGAUCGAAAUGGUCGGGACCGUAUGUGGUAUCGCAAGUGUUCCCAUACGAGAUGGUUGAGAUCUCCCAACCAGAUAAAUGAACUUUCAAAGUGAAU